AUGAAGCUGUUUGCUGUGAUUACCCUUCUUCAGCUGGGGGCUUUCUGUGUUCUUACCUCUGGCAAUCCAACGAGCAACCUGAAAGCUAUAGUGGAGAAAAAUGUGGCAGCACAAAAAUCACCUCUUCUGAACCCUGCCCUAGAGGGUAAAGAACCACCUCCCUUGAGCAAUAAUCCAGUCACUGAACCCCUAACACCUCCAGAGCUGCAGGACUCCUUAACAUAUUCACACUUGUUCGGUGACAAUGUCAAUCUGAACUGGACCAAAUGGGAGGGCUCUCUUCCAAAUGGUGCAGUUGGCAUCUACAAUGGCUAUACAAAGCGCACUGAAUACAUCUGCAAGUACAACUGUGAAGCAGGAUUCUACACCCCCAGCAAAGGUCCAUACUGCAACUACCCCUAUGGCAAUAGGGAAUAUCAUGCCCCUGAGUUUGAUGUCCUACUUAAUGUAGACAAUUUUGAGUUUGUUGAGUGGAAGGAUGACUCAUAUGGUUCUGUUCCGCAGAAUGCUGUGAGAACAUGUGGGGGUGUUGGCAUUUUUGUAGGCAAGAACAAGUAUGGCCUUGGCAAAGUUGUACCUCAGUUUGAAGCUUUCUUUCUUCCAUGGGAAGGUGAUGAGUACUGGUACAAAAAAUAUCAGGUCCUGGCUAUCAACAGAAAUGCCUACACUCAACAAAUCUCUCAUGUUGAGUACGGUAUUGAUGAGGUUGAGCUUUUCCAGUAUCCACCAGAGACCAUGAGGAUCUCCAGCGUUGCCAACAAUGAUUGUCAGACCGUUACUAAGACCGUAACCAUCUCCAAAACCACAGAGGUGGAGACCACCUGGAACAUCGGCCGCUCCACCAUGCUCGGUGUUACGGGCAGCAUCACUGCCAAGAUCCCUCUGAUUGGCACAGCUGGGGUGGAAUUUACUGCAGAGAAGACACUGCAGUUUAAUCGUGGCACUACUGUGAUAGAAAGUCUCAGCCAUGAGGUGUCAGUCAAGCUAACAGUGCCACCCAAUCACUCCUGCACUGCACGCAUGGAAGGUCGCAAGAUGACUGCCGACAUCCCCUUCAAGGCUAGGCUCAGCCGAACAUAUGCCAACGGUGAAACACAGUGGACCUCUGUCAACGGUGUGUAUGAUGGCAUACAGAUUGGGGAGGUCAGAGCAGUGGUGGACCGCUGUGAGCCAAUUCCAGAUGCCAAGCCAUGUCCAGCAGCUGCAAAGACUGAUAAAAGCACUGUGAAAACAGCUAAUCAAUAAAUCAAUACCAUCGGCUAUAUUGCAUGUAAUUGCUGUUUUUUUAGUCAGUUACAGUAUGAGCACAUUGAUCUUU